CAUCUUUUCGGUUUAUAUCGCGUUGAUACAGUCUUUGCGACAUCCCCAGGAAACGUUGUGUGAUACUAUCAAGCAAUUGUCUAAAGACAGUAACAGAAGCUCAGCUUCGAUCCCUUGUGUCUUCUUGUCUUAUCGUCCCCCCGUAUCUUUGCUGGCUACGGCGAUGCUGUCUCGACAAGUAUGGGACAAGAUGAGUUGAACCACAUAAGCCAAAUGGGCUCGGAUCAGAACCCAACGAGGCCAAGUACACCACAGACAUCUCCAAGCCCGUCCAUCAUUCAGGCCUUACCACCAGGCGACCCCGAACUCGCCAACGAGAAAGCACAGAAUGAAGUCUCCUCAACCGAAGAUCCCAACCCGGCCCAAGACCAAGACGACCCCGAAAACCUCACCCGCCAGCCCAGCGGCCCAGCCUACAGCGUCUUCUCCCCCUCCACAAAGCGCUGGGUAGCCUUCAUGGCCUCCGUCGCCUGCUUCGUCCCGCCCAUGUCAGCGAACAUCUACUACCCGGUCCUGGCCCCCAUCGCAGACGACCUCCACGUCUCCGUCGCUCUCGUCAACCUCACCGUCACCUCAUACAUGAUCCUCCAAGCCAUCUCCCCAACACUCUUUGGCGAUUUCGGCGACAUGGCUGGCCGCCGCCCGGCCUUUCUCAUCGCUUUUAGUAUUUAUCUGGUGGCCUGCGUCGGGCUCGCCCUGCAGCGCAACUACGCCGCCCUCCUCGUCCUCCGCAUGCUGCAGAGCGGCGGGAGCAGCGGCGCCAUUGCUCUGGGGUUCGCCAUGGUGGCCGAUAUCUCGGUCAGCUCGGAGCGGGGCAAGUACAUGGGCAUCGUCGGCGCGGGCAUCAACGUCGGCCCCACCAUCGGGCCCGUUUUGGGGGGCGUCCUGACGCAGUACUUUGGCUGGGCGUCCAUCUUUUGGUUUUGCGUUGUGCUCAUUAGCCUCUGGCUUGUCCCGUACGCUCUAUUCGUCCCGGAAACCUGCCGCGGCGUCGUGGGCAAUGGCUCCGUCCCAGCUCAGUCGUGGAACCGGCCUCUGAUCGACCUCAUCCGCCGGCGCCGGCGCCGUAACCGCAGGCUCCAAGACCCAGACAACCUCUCCCGGACAGAAUCCGCCGCAACAGAAGCACCAACACAUCCUCACCGCAAAAUCCGCUUCCCAAACCCAAUCCGCUCCGUCAAAAUCAUCUUUGAAAAAGAAAUGGCCCUCGUCCUCGCCUACAACAGCCUCCUCUACGUAGCCUUCAUCUGCGUAGCCGCCACCCUCGGCACCCUCUUCCGCGAAAUCUACCACUUCAACGACCUCGAGCUCGGCCUCUGCUACCUCCCCUACGGCGCGGGCUGCGUCGUCGCCAGCCUGGGCCAGGGCUACGUCCUCGACUGGAACUACCACCGCAUCGCCUCCCACAUCGGCUUCGCCAUCGACCGCCGCCGCGGCGACGACCUUCUCAAGUUCCCCAUUGAAAAAGCCCGCCUGCAGCCCGUCUAUCCGGCCGUCGCCGUGGGUCUCGCGGCGCUGACGGCGUACGGGUGGGUGUUGCAUUUUGAGGUCGGUGGUGUUGCGGCGCCGUUGGUGCUGCAGGGUGUUAUCGGGCUUACUAUCACGGGGUCGUUUAGCGUUAUGAAUACGCUUAUUGUGGAUUUGUUCCCGGACGCGCCUGCGACGGCGACGGCGGCGAAUAACCUGGUGCGGUGCGCCAUGGGCGCCGUCGGGACGGCGGUGAUUGAGUACAUGAUUCGGGGGAUGGGGAGGGGGUGGUCGUUUACGUUCUUGGCUGCAUUGUGUGCCGUGCUGAGCCCGAUGAUGUUUUUGAUAGCGAAGAAGGGUCCCGUGUGGAGGAAUGAGAGGCGGAUGAGGGAAGAGGCGUCAUGAUUUGGUUUUGGGUUGGAUACGGUCUUCCGUUUGUUGGAGAGGGCUGAAUCUUUUGGCGUUGAUAAUGAUAUCAGAAUAUCUCAGUUCUAGUUUCAGGUUCAGGAGCGGGUUGGACUUUGUCUUCUCCUGGAAUUGUGGUUUUCUAUAAUUAUCAUCAAGAUCCGGUGCCACAUGACCCAGCCAUUGUCACUGACUGAUUGACACUGUAGGUGUUUCUAAAAACACAAUGUCCAGGAAUAACUUGAAGCUUGAUUUUGGGAGAUCAUCUACUAUCGAAGAACUCUCUCAAGCUUGGACCAGAGGAUUGUUUUUUUUGCGAACCACUCCGGUCAGGCAAACGCGGUCGAGACAAGACAGCGGGAAAAUAGACUCGACCUAGCUCGAGUAAACAUAUUCUAUUGUUUAUGUCUCACGGUCUCGUGCAUGCGCUCGCCAACGGGAUGGAGCAGCAAGAGUCC